UUGCCCCCGGGGCAAACAGUCAAAAUCCUCGUGCGUUCGUCGAUAUCGAACAGACACCAACAACCACCGCGAUGAAGCCAUUUAUCGCGAUUUCGUUCGCGCUUUUGUCGCUCGCCUGCGCCGCCAUCGCGCAAGAUCCAUCGAGAGAUCAGGCGGAGAUCAGGCUGACGAGGGCGAUGGACGAGUUGAAUAAGAGGGAUACCAUCGAGAUAUACGGUGACAUGAUCACUUUGGAGAAGGUUGACGUUGCGAGGGAGGAAGGGAGAUCAUCGACGAGCGAGGAUCCACUGGUCGGACAGAUUGAACGAUUCUUCAACAGCAGGAGGAUUCGUGUUCAUCUGCCCAACGAUGGAUCUUCCGCGGAUAUGUUUGGCAGAGCCUUGGGACGGAAGGAUAUGGCCGUUGAACUCAGAGCCUUGACCACGGGGGCCUCUGAAGCCCGUACCAAACUGAAGAAGAUCGUAUUGCCGCUUCUGCUGGCCCUGAAACUCAAAGCCAUGAUCGUGCUGCCCAUCAUCAUCACUCUGAUCGGUCUGAUAGGGAUCAAGGGACUGGGCGCUGGUCUGCUGUCACUUCUCCUCUCGGGAGCGGUGGCCCUCAAGGCGUUGCUCACGCCGCCACCACCCCCCGCCAGGGUGACCUACGGGGUCGUGAAACCCGAGAUCCAUCACGAGCAUUGGCACAGGUCGCAGGAGGAGCUGAAUCAACCCUACAGAGGUUGGGCCCCUGAAUUUGGCCCCGAACAGUACCCCUAUCAAGAUAUCCCUUGAAUCCCUUAAUCUUUAGAAACAUUGCCAAUUCAUCCUCCUCUCAUCCCCUCCCCUCCCCCCCACCCUCAUUUUAUUUAUUAUUCCCUCUGUUACUCUCUGCAUUAUUUUAUAAAAUAAAUGGCAUCGUAUUCCUCUC